UGCUAUGUCUUUUCCCCCUCAAUUUUACUUCUUUGGUCAACCAUUUUUUCCUCCCUUAUUUUAAACAAAAGAUUUACCAAAAUUCAUAGAGAUCAACCCAAAAUGCCUCGUAAAAAACAGAUCUUGCUUCUUCUCUCUUCCUUCCAAUGUUAAAUAACCAAAGGAACAAAACCCAUUUCUCUUAUGGAGUUUUUCCACCCCCAAACAUCCAAACUUGUUCCAAUUUUUAAGAAGAGGCUUAAUGGGAAUGAUCAACUCCCCUGUGUAGCUCAUCCCCAGUUUCCCUUUCUCUUCAACACUAAUUAUUUUCCUUUAACUUGUAUUUUAUUUACAAAAAAAAAAAUUCUCUAUUUCUUCGAAAAGAGACAAGUACGUUCAAAAAUUGAUAUUGACAUUUUCUUAGCACAACACAUGAGGAGAGAUUCGAAUUCACACUCUCUAGAUUGAAGCUAUUGGAAGGUGGGAAAGAGGAAAAAGAGAAGUGUUGACAAUGGCUGUAACUUCCAGUUCCAGAAUGCACAUAGCAGUGUACCCUUGGUUUGCUUUUGGCCACUUGAUUCCAUAUCUCCAAAUUUCCAACAAGCUAGCCAAGAAAGGCCAUAGAAUCUCCUUCUUCAUCCCAUCCAAAACACUGCCCAAAUUGCAGCCUUUUAAUCUCUUUCCACAUCUCAUUACCUUUCUCCCCAUCACUGUCCCUCAUGUUGACGGCCUUCCUCUUGGCGCCGAGACUACGACCGAUGUUCCUCACUCCUCGCAGUUCAGUCUCAUCAUGACAGCCAUGGAUCACACCCGACCAGAAAUCGAGCAUAUUCUCCAAGACAUGAGACCCCAUGCCAUCUUCUUCGAUUUCGUCUUCUGGAUGCCGAAAUUGGCACGUCGACUCGGUAUCAAGUCGAUUUAUUAUAGCGUCAUUAGUGCAACAACAUUUGGUUAUAUUUAUGUCCCAUCAAGGCAGCUCUGUGGAGAUUAUUUAUCUGAGGCUGAUUUUAUGCAGCCACCUCCCGGCUACCCGAGUUCCACCAUCAAGCUUCAUGCUCACGAGGCUCGAUUUUGCGCAUCCAUGAGCCGUACGAGGUUUGGCAGUGAUGUCUUCUUCUUUCGCCGCCAUUUCACUGGACUUCAGGAAUGCGAUGCUAUAGCAUUCAAGUCGAGUAGGGAAAUUGAGGGGCCUUAUGUAGACUAUCUCAUAAGUGAAUUCAAAAAGCCUGUGUUGCUUUCAGGAUCAGAGGACACACAACAGCCAACCACAACACUAGAAGAAAGAUGGGCAAAAUGGCUAUCAGGGUUCAAUACUGGCUCGGUCAUAUACUGUGCAUUAGGAAGUGAGUGUACCUUACCAAAAGAUCAGUUCCAAGAAUUACUUUUGGGUUUAGAGCUUUCAAAUAUGCCAUUCUUGUCUGCCCUUAAACUACCUCACGGUGUCGAAACGGUCGAAGCAGCCUUGCCUGAAGGGUUUGAACAAAGAGUUGGGGGAAGAGGGGUGGUCUACGGGGGAUGGGUUCAACAGCAGCUUAUUUUGGAGCACCCAUCGAUCGGAUGCUUCAUUACACAUUGUGGGUCGGGUUCUUUAUCGGAGGCAUUGGUGAGAAAGUGUCAAUUGGUGAUGUUACCUCAUAUUAGUGACCACUUUUUUCGAGCAAGAACAUUGAGCAGUGUUUUGAAGGUUGGUGUGGAGGUGGAGAGAGGGGAAGAAGAUGGAUAUUUUACAAGGGAAAGUGUGUGCAAGGCAGUGAAGAUAGUGAUGGAUGAAGAGGAUGAAACAGGGAAAGAGAUCAGAGAAAACCGUGCCAAGAUAAGAGAAUUAUUACUUGACAAGGAUUUGGAGGAGUCUUAUAUCAACAAUUUCAUCCAAAGUCUACAAGCUGUGAUUGCAUGAGAAGAUUAUGUCACACUGGUUUUUUACACAUCUAAUGCAUUUUAGACUAAACAAUAACAAAUUUAGACAAAUUUAAAUAAAUAGUUUGUUGCAUUUAUCUUGGUGAUUAUGUAACACUUAACAGUCACUUUGUUCAUGGCAUUUUCUUAUUUCUUGAAUAAAGGCUGGGGAAAAAAAUGACUUUCUUGUA